UUCCAAUUAUUUUUAUAUUUAUAUUUUUAUUAUUUUUAAAGGCAGCAAACUACUGUUCGCCGUUUAGUUGGAGUAAUAGUAGAAAUCUUGCCCAAAAAUACUUUACCAAUCGGCGUUUUCCGACCAGGUCUCUCGCCGUUCACCGCCGUUAGCUGCCGGAGCGUAUUUCUAAGAUCCUCAACUUUGUUAUAUUGCUGGAUAACUUCACAGAUGUGCCCUAGCGCGGAUUGCUCGGCGUGAAAAGCGAAGAUCUAGAUAGUUGCAGCAGUGUCGGGGACGGCGCUUCUUUUGAUCAGCGUCUGGUCUGAUUUAAUUCGAUAACUGGUUUUGCUUAAUCGGAGACUGGGCUUAGUGGGCUUCAACUUACCCCAAUGAGCUGCCUAUAACUAUCUUUCCGCAUAUCUGUUUUGAGUUCCGGAUUUUUGUGAUGGAGGUGAACAUAGAGGAAGCGCUUAAAGCUAAGGCAGAUGCUGAGAAGAGAUUUGCUGACAAGGACUUUGUGGGUGCAAAGAGUUCUGCUUUGAAAGCUGAAAAGCUAUGUCCUGAUUUAGAGGGAAUAGCUCAAAUGGUGUUGACAUUUGGAGUUUAUUCUGCUGCUGAGAUGAAAAUUAAUGGAGAGGUUGACUUCUAUUCGGUCUUAGGAUUGGACCCAUCUGCAGACAAGGCUAAAGUUAAAAAACAAUACAAAAAGAUGGCUGUUUUACUUCACCCUGACAAAAACAAAAGCAUUGGAGCUGACGGUGCAUUCAAGCUUGUUUCUGAAGCAUGGACGGUACUAUCUGAUGUUGCUAAAAAAAGCUCUUAUGACCACAGGAGAAAUAUAUCUUCCAUGCACACUGCUUCUGCUGCCUCUCACAGCAGACUUGAUACCUUUUGGACUGUGUGUACCUCUUGUCACGUUCAGUAUGAGUAUCUAAGAAAGUAUGUUAACAAAAGACUUUCUUGCAAGAAUUGCCGUGGUGUUUUUAUCGCUGUUGAAACAGGAUUGGCCCCGGUGAAUGGCUCCUAUCAGUAUUGCUCCUGGUCCUAUGUGCCUGAAAAUGGAUAUGGAAGCCAUGGAUGUGGUGUCACGCAUGCUUCAACCGCAUCUAUAUAUUGUGCAAAUAAUGGGGUCUCAGGACAUCAUACCAAACAUGGUUCAGAGUAUGCUUCCAAUUUUACUUUUCAGUGGAGCACCCUCCCCGGAAAUUCUGCUGGAGUCAUAGAUCCUAGUGGAAUUUCUUCUUCUGGCUCGGUAACCCAAAGUGCAAACCGAAAGGGUGCUAGACAAAGAGCCAAUGGGAAACAGCAAAUGGAAAAAGUUGUCAAUGGAUUUACCAUUUAUAAUGAACAGCCUGUGAGCAAGCCUGGAAGGCCUGCUAAGAGGAGGAAAGUUGAACCCGGGAAUACUUAUGGCAAUAAUAACUGUGAAGUGCCUCCUAAGACUGAAGUAGAAGUGAAAAUUUCCAAUGAAAAUGGGAAUCCAAAACAUAAUUCUAAGCUUUCUACUGCAAAUGAGAAUUCAACCAGGCGUAGCUUGUCUGUGCCUACAAUUGAUACUAGAAAGUUGUUAAUUGACAAGGCAAGAACUGUAAUCUGUAAGAAACUGGAAGAGAUGAAGUUGGCUUCUGAAGCGGCUGCUGCUGCUGCUGAGAUGGAAAAGAAGAAAAAGGCACUUGCUGGAAUUGAAGAGUGCAGCGAAAAACCUAAAAAAGCAGGUUUGGGCAAUGCAGGGCAUCAAUCAGAGCCAAGAAAAACAGUGUCCAUGGCAAUAACUGUACCAGAUUCUGACUUCCAUGAUUUUGACAAGGAUAGAGCAGAGGAAUGCUUUAAGCCAAAACAAAUAUGGGCUUUGUAUGAUGAGGAAGAUGGAAUGCCCCGCUUGUAUUGUCUGAUUCGCCAAGUUAUCUCUGUUAAACCAUUCAAGAUUCAUAUCAGCUACUUAAGCUCCAAAUCAGAUAGCGAAUUUGGGUCAGUGAAUUGGUUGUGUUCUGGUUUUACCAAAUCCUGUGGACAUUUUAGGGCAUUUAACUCAGAAACAGUUGAGCAGGUCAACAUCUUCUCUCACCUUCUCAGCAAGGAAAAGGCUGGUAGGGGAGGUUGUGUUAGAAUCUUCCCAAAAACUGGGGAUAUUUGGGCUGUAUAUCGAAACUGGUCAUCAGAUUGGAAUAGAGCAACCCCAGAUGAAGUGAGGCACCAGUAUGAGAUGGUGGAGAUUCUUGAUGGAUAUUCUGAAGAGUUUGGUGUGCGUGUUGCCCCUUUGAUAAAAUUAGGCAGGUUCAAGACAGUUUACAGAAGGAACUCAGACCAGGGGGCCAGUCGGUGGAUUCCAAAAAGAGAGAUGUUGCGAUUUUCACACAUGGUUCCUUCUUGUUUACUGAAAGAAGGUCCUAACCUGCCAGAUGGAUGCUGGGAUCUUGACCCUGCUGCAACCCCAGAAGAACUUCUCCAGGGAGCAAAUCAUGUAGAGGAUGAAAGUCAUGCCGGAAACAAUGCAGAUGAACAUUCCAAGAAUAAAAUAGAACACAGGGCUGAAGCAGAAAGCACAGUACUUCCAGGUAAGUCUCAUGAAUCUGUUAGUGGAGUGCAGGUUCAAGAUAUCCCAAACCAAGCACAAAACCCUCCUGAACCUCCUCCUGGGUUUCCUGUCGUCUCAAAUCAAGCACAAAACCCUCCCGAACCUCCUCCUGGGUUUCCUGUCGUCAUAACAGACAUUCAAAACAGAAAAGAGGCUUGCCAGACACAAAUUUUCAGCUCGAGAGUGUAACCUCAACCUCCUAGGUGAGGAAGGGAAUGAUAUGAUGAAGAAGAAAUAGAAGAUUUGAGUUGGAAGGUCCCAUUGUCACCACUGUUCUAACAGCAUUGAGAUUCAAUUUGUACAGAUUUAAACAAAGCCAAGGAAGAAAUGUUGAGACAUUUAGAUAGCUGGGAGGAUCAGAAUUGAUCCGUAACAUAUAGGACCAAUUGUUGUAGGCGGCUCUUAAUCUGUUUCCAGUCAUCUGUAAUAGUAAUUUAGAUUUAUGGACGGACGGACGGACGGACGGACUCCUUUUGUUAGAUCUCAAUUAUUUAUCAUAGAGAAUGAACCCCCAUAGAUUCAGGCUUUUACUUCA